AUGCCACCUCCUCUCUUCUCUCUCCUCCUCUUCACCCUCCUCACAGUACCACUUCUACUACCCACCUCACGGGUACACGCACACGGUCUGAAACUGCCGUUUCGUCCGAAAGAUGUACUACCCUUUUUGCCUCGACCGAUCUCGUGGCCUAUCCUCAGUUCUCUCCGCAGCCCCGUCGACAUCUUGCCGAGCUUCGUCGGCGCCGUCUCGUCCCCGAACGGCAGCUUGGAGUGGAAAGGGGCUUGCUUUUACAAGAACAGGGCUUGGAUGGAGUUUCACAACAAAAGCGGGAGUGAGUUUGGUGGAGGCACUCUUCAUAUCAAGGUUAGCAGUGCCCAUAGUUGGACAUGUAUGGAUCUUUAUGUCUUCGCAACUCCAUACCGUGUGACAUGGGACUACUAUUUUUUAACACGUGAACAUACCCUCGAGUUCAAGGAGUGGGAAGGAAAAGCUGAGUACGAAUAUGUUAAACAUAAUGGCAUUUCUAUUUUUCUCAUGGAAGCGGGAAUGCUGGGAACCCUUCGAGCUCUCUGGGAUGUUUUCCCCUUAUUCACAAAUACAGGAUGGGGUGAGAACUCAAAUCUUGCAUUUCUCCAAAAUCACAUGGGGGCCUCCUUUGUAGAAAGACCUCAGCCGUGGUUUACAAAUGUUAGCGUUGAUGAUAUUCACUCUGGAGAUUUCCUUGCAAUAUCCAAAAUCCGGGGCCGAUGGGGCGGUUUUGAGACUCUAGAGAAGUGGGUCACUGGAGCUUAUGCUGGUCAUACCGCUGUUUGCUUAAAAGAUUCUGAAGGAAAACUAUGGGUUGCAGAAUCUGGACAUGAAAAUGAGGAGGGCCAAGAUGUUAUUGCUGUUUUGCCGUGGGAUGAAUGGUGGAACUUUGAGCUUACCACGGAUGAUUCCAACCCACAUAUUGCAUUGCUUCCUUUACAUCCUGAUGUCCGGGCCAAGUUUAAUGAGACUGCCGCCUGGGAGUAUGCACUAAGCAUGUCGGACAAGCCUUAUGGUUAUCAUAACAUGAUAUUCAGCUGGAUAGACACUAUUGGCGGGAACUUUCCACCACCUUUGGAUGCUCAUGUGGUUGCUUCUGUUAUGACCGUUUGGAGCCACCUACAACCUGAUUAUGCUGCUAAUAUGUGGAAUGAAGCCUUGAACAAGCGACUUGGGACUCAGGACCUUGCCCUUCCUGAAAUUCUUGUGGAAACUGAAAGACGUGGGUUAUCUUUUGAUGAACUGUUGACGAUCCCAGAGCAGGAUGAUUGGAUAUACAGUGAUGGAAAGUCAACGUCAUGUGUUGCUUUAAUUCUUGAAAUGUACAAGGAAGCUGGAUUGUUCGAUCCAAUUGCAAGCUCCAUCCAAGUUACCGAGUUCACGAUUAAGGAUGCUUACACCCUAAAUUUUUUUGAAACCAAUUCAAGCCGCCUGCCAAAGUGGUGCAACGAUGGGGACACUAUGAAGCUCCCUUUCUGCCAAAUUAAAGGGAGGUAUCAAAUGGAACUACCUGGAUACAAUUCGGUGGAUCCGUACCCGCAAAUGAAUGAACAAUGCCCGUCUCUGCCACCAAAAUACGACAGGCCAAAGGAUUGUUGACAGCCAUUCUGAUUUGGUUCUCGUGUUUAGAAGUUGUCAUACCAAUGUUUGGUCUCAAUACCAGGUUGCUCUAUCAUGUAUAUGUCAAUGUACAUCGUGUCUGAUCGAUGAAGUACGAAACCUGUCAAAAAUGAUCAUUCAAUGUAGGUUGAUGUUGUUUGUAAUUUUGACUAGGCUUGGAGAUGAAUUUCAAUAUCAGUGCUGUAAAUAGUCAUUCAAAUGAGUUGGAUUUCAGAAAACACUGUCCCUCAUUCUUAUACCAUUGAAACCGUGCAUGUAUGAUGAAACGAUCUUUAAUGGUA